UCGACAAACUUCAGUUGUCUCAAAUACAUGCCAGAUGUUAGAAGCAUUUGCCGGUCGUUUUAUCCGAAACUAAGGGAGAAACAAAAUUGUGAAUAAUUUACAGCCAGUAGUGUCGGGUUUUGUGCGGGUGAAUUGUAAAGAAAGAAGUCUCAAAAUCACAUCGCAAAAAUAAAAGUGCACGGAGCUUUAACUCAGUCUUCACACACCCAAUACCCACAGCUGAUAAAAUUUAUUUCGAAAAGAAAAACGUGAGUGAAUUUAAAACACAACCACAGUGUCCGCAAUUAGAAACUCAAGAAGAUGACUCAAAGUGUGGAUACAUCAUUUAUACCAGACCUUCCCAAAGGGCCUUUGUGUAUUUACCGGAAAAGGGCCAACUUUGAUUGGAAACGUUUGAGGCUUAUCUUUGAAAAGGAACAAGUUUUGCGGCUCAAGUACAAAGUCUGGAAAAUACUGGAGAAUGAUCCCCUUUUUUCACAGCCCAUAUCAACACUACCCACCGAUCAACAGAAACGCAUUUGCGCAAUGCAAAUGAAUCGCAUGAAACAACUAGACUUAGUUCCUAAAGAGAUCGAACAGCGUUCGUUCAGUGAGAAAACCAAAUAUUUAAUGGGCAUCAAUGAGGCCCUGCAUGCCUACUGUCCCAGUUUGUCGGUGAAGAUUGCCUUGGGUGUGGGUCUAUUCAAUAACGCCAUUCGGGCUAUGGGCACUGAAAGACAUAUGAAAUACUAUGAGGCUGCCUGGAAUCGUGAGAUUGUCACAUGUCUAGCCAUUACGGAACUCUCGCAUGGCAGCAACACAAAAUGUAUUCGCACAACGGCAACCUAUGAUCCGACUACGCAAGAAUUCAUCAUCAACACACCAGACUUUGAAGCGGCAAAAUGUUGGGUUGGCAAUUUGGGCAAAACGGCCACCGUGGCCAUGACCUUCGCCAACCUGUAUACUCCGGAUGGUGCAAAUCAGGGUUUACAUGGUUUCCUUAUUCCCAUCAGGGACCCAAAGACACUUCAAGCUUAUCCUGGAGUUUUAGUUGGAGAUAUUGGCGAAAAGAUAGGUUUAAAUGGCAUAGACAAUGGAUUUGUUAUGUUUUCGAACUAUCGUAUACCCCGUGAGAAUUUACUAAAUCGCACAGGCGAUGUAACUCCUGAAGGCGUGUACGAGAGUGUGUUUACAGAGCCGGGAAAAGUAUUGGGAUCUGCAUUGGAAUCAUUUUCGGCUGGUCGAAUUGGUAUCAUGCAGGAAUCUGUGAAUACAUUGUCCACUGCUUCCAUAAUAGCUGUACGUUAUGCUGCCUUGCGAAAACAAUUCGGACCGGAAAAAUCUGGACCUGAAGUAGCUAUAAUCGAAUAUCAACUCCAUCAAUGGAGAAUAUUCCCGUAUUUGGCAGCUUCCUGCGUUUUGAAAAUUGCUGUUAUGGAACUAACAGAUAUCUAUUUGGGUAUUAUUGAAAAAUCACAGGCCGAUUCGAAUGGUUUUGAAUUGCUGACUCAAGCCGUGUCGGAAAUCCAUGCUGUUAUAUCAUCAUCGAAGCCCAUGAUAACAUGGACGGCACGAGACGCUAUUCAAGAAGCUAGAGAGGCUUGUGGUGGCCAUGGAUAUCUAAAAGCCUCCAAAUUGGGUGAUUUACGCAACGAUCACGAUCCUAGUCUUACAUACGAGGGCGACAACAAUGUUCUUGGACAACAAGCAUCGAAUUGGUUACUUCGUCAGUGGAAUGAAGGCAUAGAAAGUCCAGUGGGCACUGCGAAUUUUUUGAAAGAUAGAGACAAUAUUUUAAAACAAAAUUGGGAAUCGGUACUGAAACAAGCACCAAUUGACUCCUUCGAAUUUGUCUUGAAAUGUUACGAAUGGAUGCUGUGUCAUUUACUAGAAGUCACAUCAUCGAAAAUAACCAAAGACAUGAAUGGUGGCAGUCAUAGAUUUGAUGCCCGCAAUAAUUCCCAAGUGUAUGGAGCCCGUGAAAUGUCCAUUAUAUAUUCAGAAUAUUUCUGUUUGUCACGUUUUAUUGAGAGAUUCAAUCGGCCAGAUGUAGCUGGAGAGUAUUCCAAAGUUCUAAAGUUGGCGUUUGAUAUUUAUGCGAUGAGAUGCUUCGAUAGACACAUGACUACCUUCUACGUUGGUGGCUUUGCUCAUGGCUCCACAUUUGCAGAUCUGAUUAGAACACGCCUUCUGCAGAAAUGUGCAGAGUUUAAGGAUUCCGCUGUUGCUGUUGCCGAUGCGCUAGCACCUCCAGAUUUCGCAUUAAAUUCGAUCAUAGGAAAAUCUGAUGGCUUGUUGUAUGAAAAUUUGCAGAACGAAUUUAUGACAAAUCCAGGUGCCUUUGAAAGGCCACCAUGGUGGCGUGAUAUCAUCAUUCCACAAGUGAAAUCCAAACUCUAAAUGAGAUGCCUUUUUGAAAGAAAACAAACAAAAAACUAAGUUACCCCUCCAACGAGUUUCUUCUGUCAAAAUCUAAUUACCUAAGAUGUAAAUUACAACAACACAAGAGCAAUCUUCUCCUCAAUCUAUUUACUUAUUAUUUACUCAUAUAGUAAAAAAUCCUUAAACAUUAUAUAUACUAAUAUGUUGUAAGUUGAUAUUCAUUGUGUAUGUAUUAGAUUUCGAAAAAAAUCCGAAUCAGUACUGUUUUAAGAAUUGUAAUCUCUUAGAUUGGUUCUUAACGUAUCUUCUCGUAUUUAACUUAAUUUGUCGUAAUCGAUUGAAACAUAUAUUUGUUAAAUUGUUAUUAUUGCAGUUUUUUGUGCAUUUUAUAAGAACCAACAAAUAAUAGGUAUUGAAGUAUUUUUGUUAAAUUAAGUGUCUAAAAUUUCCAUUAAAAAUGUAACUUUUAAAUGUGA